UAAACCACACUUUUUUUCUCCCUUAAAAAAUAAAUAAAUCAAACUAAUAAUAAUAAAUAAAACAAAGAAACGUAUUAAAAAAAGCUUCUCCAUAAAAGCACAGAGAAUCGAUUCAUGUGUUCAACUCUCUGAUCCUCUUUCACUUUCAGGGGGUUUAGUUUACGAUAAAGUUGCGAUUUUAUGGUGAAACUCUGAUUGUCGUUGUCGUUUUGCUUCCAAGAUGGUGUCGUUUUCAAGAAUCUAGUUUCUGGACAGGAAUCGCGUAUUGGGAUUUUCGUUUAAUUGAGUGAAAUUGAUUUUUUUCCUUUUGUGGAAUUCACUGUGACCCUUGAAGGGUCUUCUUGUGUUGUCAUCAAAAUUUGAUUUUUGAUUCAAUUUGGUUAGGGUUUGAGGUGUAUUUGUUGUUAGAAAUGGUUGAUUCAAUUGCUGCAACUUCGAUUCUCGGGUACGGUCCGGUUUGCGGUGGAAAUUUGAUUAGGGAUGUGAAUGGAAAGAGGAAAUCUUUCAACACUUGCCGUUUUUUUCCACCAGCUGAGUUUCUUGGUGGGAAGGUUGUUGUUUCACUGCCUUUGGUUAAGUCGAAGCGAGACGGGUUCUUGUUGUCUUCGCCGAUUAAGGCUCUUGCGGUGGAGCUUACGAGAGAAGCGUAUGCCUAUAGGGAGGAUAGAUUGCCGAAGAAAGGGAAUAGUAAGAUUGACGGUGGGUUUGAUCGGAGGCCUGAUAUGUGGCCACCGGAGAAUCGAGCGGAUAAGCCUUCACUUAGGAACCCGUUGCUUCGACAAGAGAGGAUGGGAUGUGGUUGGCUGGGGGCUAUAUUUGAGUGGGAGGGGGUUCUUAUUGAAGAUAAUCCGGAUUUAGAGAAGCAGGCUUGGCUUGCGCUUGCGCAAGAGGAAGGAAAACCAUCACCUAUGGCUUUUGUGAUCAAGAGAAUUGAAGGUAUGAAGAGUGAGCAGGCAAUUUCUGAAGUGUUGUGUUGGUCUAGGGACCGGACUGAGCUGAGAAGAAUGGCGAAUAGAAAGGAAGAAAUCUACCAAGCUUUACAAGGUGGGAUAUAUAGUUUCAUGCCUGGAUCUAAAGAGUUUGUCGGUGUUUUGAUGCAUUAUAAGAUACCGAUGGCUUUGGUUUCUACACGACCUAGAAAAAUUAUCGAGUCUGCUAUGGGGGAGAUUGGUAUUGUUGGAAAUUUCAAUGUUAUUGUUGCGGCCGAGGAUGUUCACAGGGGAAAGCCUGAUCCAGAAAUGUUUGCAUAUGCAGCGCAGCUUUUGAACUUCAUACCUGAAAGGUGCAUUGUGUUUGGAAACUCAAAUUUAACAGUGGAGGCUGCGCAUGAUGCACAGAUGAAGUGUGUUGCGGUUGCUAGCAAGCAUCCUGUGUAUGAGCUUAGGGCUGCAGACUUGGUUGUGAGGCGUUUGGAUGAGCUUUCAGUGGUUGAUUUGAAGAAAUUGGCAGACAUUGAAACAUCUGAAUUUGGGUCUCCACAGCCUCAGAUGGAGUUGGAAGAGGAUGAUGAUAUAUCAUCGGAUGACGACAGUUUCUGGUAAAUCGUAUAAAUGUAUAGUUGAUUGAACUUCAUCUGAUUCUUGAUGAUAUUAGUUACAGAUUAGUUACAUGUGUAUAUGGUAACACUAAAUAGAAUAAUGAAAAAAAUUGUCAAAAGUGGUCUGUAUUGAACAAUGAUGUUACUACUUACUACUACUAGUGUAUAUUUUGUUCAUACAUGCAUUAGAUUUUCA